GUACUUAUUAUGCUCACUAAGCACUUGCCCUUUCUUCUUGACCACCAUCGUCGCCAUCAUAAUGCCCGUCAUCCAAGCAAACUCUGCAGCUAAAGUCCUUGUGUCUGGAGCCAAUGGAUACAUCGCCAUCUGGGUUGUUCGUACUCUUCUGGAGCGCGGAUACUCAGUGAGAGGCACCGUUCGCUCGACGGAAAAGGGGAAGCAUCUUCUUGAGACGUUCAAGGGAUACGGUGACAAAAUAGAGGUGGUCGUCGUAGAAGAUAUCACCAAAGAUGGCGCGUUCGAUGAGGCUGUCAAGGGCGUCGACGCAAUUGCUCAUACAGCAUCUCCUUUCCACAUGAAUGCUGUUGAUCCUCAAGAGCUCAUCGGACCAGCGGUGAAGGGCACUGUAGGAAUGCUGGCCAGCGCACUUAAGAAUGGCUCUUCUGUCCAGCGUAUUGUUGUAACCUCGUCGUGCGCGUCUGUUCUGCACGUAUCGCCCGAGCCCAAGACUUUCUCUGAAGUCGACUGGAACGAGCAGUCUAUCAAGGAAGUCGAGGAGCAAGGAAAGAAUGCCCCUGGUAUUGUAAAAUACCGUGCGUCGAAGACCUUGGCUGAGAAAGCGGCCUGGGAAUUCUACAAGAAGCACAAAUCUGAGAUUAAGUGGGAUCUUUCUAUUGUUAACCCUCCCUUCCCUUUCAUUCAUGAUGCGUCGAGUGUAGACUCCCUCAACGAGUCAGCUCGAGUGUGGUACACCUUCGUUGCCACGGAAAACUCAGGCGGGAAGUCUCCCGAAUUCCUCGCGACCCAAGGAUCCUGCUGGAUAGAUGUCCGGGAUCUCGCAGAAGGUCAUGUGCGCGCCUUGGAGACACCCGCUGCAGGUGAUGAGCGCAUUAUCAUAUCCGCAGGACCAUUCGUAUGGCAAGAUUGGAUUGAUACAGUGAACGAGUUAUCUCCCAGCCCCAUCCCGUCGCACACGCUCCCCAAGGGUGUUCCCGGAGCGGGGAAGAAAGCCAAGUAUGCGCUGAGGACGAAGGAGGAGACGGCAAAGGACACAUUGGCUGAUUUCGAAAGGAGAGGAUGGUAAGGAGUGCAAAGAAGAAUUGACCAUGAAAGAUUUGUAUGUUUUCCUUGUACUAGAAAUGCUGUUUAAAUGAGUUUAAAGCUUGCUUUACGCAAGUCUAAUUGCGGCAAGGGCAGAACGGAGAUUGGCACCGAGAUACCGAAUCAACUGAUCCAGAGGACCGGGAUCCUCGCACCGUU